GUUUCUGGGCGCCAGGGUCGGCACCAAAACAUGGCAGAGGUUGGGUCCAAGUCAGUGCUGUUCGUGUGUCUCGGUAACAUUUGCCGGUCACCCAUUGCAGAAGCAGUGUUCAGAAAAUUGGUAACUGAUGAAAAGGUUUCAGAUAAUUGGGCCAUUGACAGCAGCGCCGUUUCCAACUGGAAUGUGGGCCGGCCCCCAGAUCCAAGAACUGUCAGCUGCCUAAGAAAUCAUGGCAUUAGCACAGCCCAUAAGGCAAGACAGAUUACAAAAGAAGACUUUGCGACAUUCGAUUAUAUACUAUGUAUGGAUGAAAGCAAUCUGAGAGAUUUGAAUAGAAAAAGUAAUCAAGUUAAAAACUGCAAAGCUAAAAUUGAGCUACUUGGAAGCUAUGAUCCACAGAAACAACUCAUUAUUGAAGAUCCUUAUUAUGGCAAUGACUCUGACUUCGAGGUAGUGUACCAGCAAUGCCUUAGGUGCUGCAAGGCCUUCCUGGAGAAGACUUACUAGCUGGUCCCGACCACCAUCGUUGAGCGAGCCACUGACUCAUCAGUGCUAUGCCCAAGGGUGGUGGCAGUCCUUAGCCCCAUGUCCCACCUCUCUUCAGCUGACUUACUGUAUAUUUUAAGAUAACUGUAGGUGGAAAUUAGGCAUAUGUUCAGAAGGAUAAAAACAUUUGAGUGAGACAGUUUGAGGUAUGGCUAAGCAUUAGACUAACUAAACCUCUGACCUUGCCGUAAUUACAAAAUAGUGGAACAAACAAAUACUGGAACAAGCAAAUAUGGAACAAAAGAAAACCCAAUAAAGUAAGAAUAACCUACAAGGUCCAGGUCAACCUCUGAGCCCAGCAAACCAGGGUAGUCUGGUCUGUCUGGAGUGUGUGCGUGGCCAGCACGUGGUGUGCUGUUUGCCUGCCUUAUUAAGAGUCUAUUCUAGACUCUUACUGUGACAGUAUCUCCAUCCAUGGCAGCCUUCCAUUUAACACUGGAAGAUUUGAACCCAGACACACUGAGGGUAUUCAGGUGUUUGAGAGAAGGGAAACUGGAUAUGAUGACAGGCCAGGAACUCCAGCAGGCUGUCCUGUGCUGUACAGUGACACCCUGUCUAAAA